UUCAGGUGGAAUAUAUUGGGCCAUCGCCGACCACUGGAUCAGAUCCAGGAUCUCACAACUACCAGUAAGGGGAAUGCUGGAGUAGGAAUGCGACUUUAAAGCGGACCGGGCAUUAUUUCCUGCUAAAACUCUCCCACUAAGGUUCAAUCCAGGGAUAAGAUUUAGAUUGAAAGGAUAAUAAACCGUGAGAAACAAACUCGAAACUCAGGCGAACUGCGUAAAAGCACUACAGCUGAACUCGUGAGCUGAAGUCAUGGACCAAGGCUAACCCUCUGCUGUGUAAUACUUGAUACAGAGGAUUCCUAGAAGAAAUUGCGACUUCCGGUUUAUCUACCUGUCACCUGCUGUGCUGAAAAGCCAUGUAAUUAUGAUGGAUCCAGACUCUCAGUUGCUGUACCAGCUUUUGGCAGAUGUGCAGCUGGAGCGUUUUUUCCAGAAGAUCCGUGAUGAACUUAAUGUGACGCGUGUUGAACACCUGGACUAUGUCAAGGACACAGACUUGGAACUGAUAGGCAUCCGGAAGCCAGGGCAAAGAAGAUUAUGGGAAGCAGUCAAGCGUCACAAAAUGAAUGCACGGCCACGGUCAUGGAUGGCCAGGGUAUUUACUGGCCGAGGACCAGAAGGUGGUGACCAGUCGAGUGGUGGUAGUCCUGGUCCAGGGCCAGAGACAGGGCGAGCUCUUGCCUGUCUUAUCCAUGACAGUGAGCUGGUGUUUGGGGAAAGGCUGGGCUCUGGAAACUUUGGGGUCGUGAAGAAGGCAGAGUGGCAUGCACCUAAUGGACAAGUGCUGCCUGUUGCAGUGAAGAGUCUCCGGAACAACAUGUCCAGGGAUGCAGACCUAGUAACAGAAUUUCUGCAGGAAGUCACUACCAUGCAGUCUCUGGACCAUCCCAAUAUUAUCCGUCUCUAUGGUGUAGUCCUCACUCAGCCUCUAAAGAUGGUGACUGAAUUGGCUGUUGUGGGUGCUCUGUAUGACAUACUCCGCAUGCGGCGGGGCAAUUUUUCACUCGCUCGUCUCUGGUUCUUCAGUACCCAAAUUGCUGCUGGAAUGGAGUAUUUGGAGUCACGUCAUUUCAUUCACAGAGAUCUGGCAGCCCGGAACGUGCUCCUGGCCUCCAAAGAUCUGGUGAAGAUUGGAGACUUUGGUCUGAUGAGGGUGCUGGGUUUUGACAAAGACCACUAUAUCAUGGGAGCCCACAGACGUAUCCCUUUUGCUUGGUGUGCUCCUGAGAGUUUGCGUGUGGGCUUUUUCUCACAUGCCUCAGAUGUCUGGAUGUAUGGGGUUACACUGUGGGAGAUGUUCACUUACUGUGAGGAGCCCUGGCUUGGGUUGUCUGGAAGACAGAUCCUGUUUCGUGUGGAAAGGGAGGGAGAGCGCUUGCCAAAGCCUCCUGACUGUCCUCAGGAGAUCUACGGUUUAAUGCGGAAAUGCUGGGCGUGCAACCCUGCCGAACGUCCCACGUUUGCCCAGCUCACUGGUAUGGUGGCCGAGGCUCAGCCUAUGGAAGUACGUGCACUACGGGAUUUUGUAGACCCCAGGAAGCUCCCUCUACAGGUCAAUGAUACAGUGACUCUCAUAGACCAUGGGUUGGAUUUGUGUGAGUGGAGGGGUCAAAACCAAAGAACCAACCAAAUUGGUUGGUUUCCUCCAACACUGACUGCUCCCUUCGGUUCUUCAAAGGGACCAGGACCAUUUAGUCCGAAUUCUGCAGCUGGUUUUAUUUCCCCCCCACUCAGAGGAAGCCUACAGCACACUGCACAUGGAGACAUCCAUCCAGACCGCAACUGGGGAGCUCCAGAACGACUUGACGACCCUGGAAAUAGAAGAGCUCCUAUGAUAAGGGAGAAACCAGAAUCCAAUCUGAGGAAAAUGGCAGGAAUGUCCCGCAGUCUAGAAUCUGUCAUGGGCUUCCCUCAAAAUGGCAGUCAAGGUGGUAAUGGGAACUUUGUUCAGCGCGCUAACGAACGAAAACAAAUCUCAACCGGCCCCGUUCACGACAUUCGCAGGUUCAGUGAUGCAAGUGGCAUGAUGCCUCCUCCACGUCCACCACCACCCAACAUUAAACGCUUGAAGCAUCAGAACGUGAUUUGUGAUCGACGAUUAGCAGGAAAUCCAUCUCCUCCUUCUUGGCUUUUUCCUCCUCCUUCACCAAAUCUACAGUUUCAACCACAGCAGCAAACAAGAAGUGUUAGCAACCUAACAAAGAUGGCUCAUUUGGCCAAAUCAAGCCCUCAGCUAGACAGUAACGUGCCUAUGGAGAAAGAAAGAGAGAAAGAACGGGAGAAAGAAAAAGAGAAGUUACGGGAAAGGUACCCACCACAACAGAUCCAGGUAGAUAAGGAGAACCUUAAGGCACAGGUUCAGGCAGCAGUCCAUGGAGUAACUGAUGAAGAAGUUCAGAAAGCCCUACAACGCAAUGACUGGAAUCCAGUGAGGGCAGAGCAACAGCUGAAGGCAGAGCAGCUUUACUACAUGAACCAGUGCUCUCGAGAGGACUGCCAUAAGAUACUAGCUCGCUACAACUGGGACCUGCAGCAGGCCAGCCGUUUUGUAAUCCGCAUGGCUGCUGAGAGACGCAGUGACAGACCUUAGGAACAGGAUGACGCGUUUCAGUCAAACAUCGCAGUAAAAAGAUACUCUGUGAGCUGCAAUUCAGG